AUGAACCUGUGGAGCGACGACAACGGCUCGAUGAUGGAGGCCUUCAUGGCCUCCUCCGAUCUGUGGGGGGCCUCCUCCUCCUCUGCGGCGGUGCAGCCGGUUCCCUCCUCCGCCGCCGCCGCGAGCUUCAACCAGGAGACGCUUCAGCACCGGUUGCAGACCUUGAUCGAAGGGGCGAGGGAGAGCUGGACCUACGCCAUCUUCUGGCAGUCCUCCGAUGACGACGGAAGCUCCGUCCUCGCCUGGGGUGACGGCUACUACAAGGGUAGCGGCGGCGAGGAGGAGAAGAGGAAGCUGCCCGCCGCCAGCAACGGCGGGGCCGCCGAGCAGGAGCACCGGAAGAGGGUUCUCCGGGAACUCAACUCCCUCAUCGCCGGCGCACCCGUCGCCGUCGACGACGCCGUCGACGAGGAAGUCACCGACACCGAGUGGUUCUUCCUCGUCUCCAUGACGCAGAGCUUCUUCAACGGCGCCGACCUUCCCGGCCACGUCUUCAUCACCGGCGCCGCCGCCUGGCUUGCCGGCGCUUCCCGCGUCACCGGCGGCGCCGCCGCCUCCUAUGAGCGGGUCCGCCAGGCGUUGACCUUCGGCAUCCAGACCAUAGUCUGCGCCCCUGUCGCCGGCGGCGUCGUCGAGUUCGGCUCCACCGACCUCAUCUACCAGAACCCCAAUAUCAUGGAUAAGGUCCGCUUCCUCUUCAACCAUGGUGGUGGCGGCGCUGCCACCACCACCACCACCACCACCACCACCACCACCACCUCGUGGAUGCACGACCCUUCCACCGUCACCGCCGAUCACGGCGACAGCGACCCCUCCGCUCUCUGGAUCUCGGAACCUGCCGGCGGCGACGGCAAGGACGCCGCCUUCCCCUUCCCGGCUCCGCUGCCGAAGGAGCUCAGGUUCUCCGACGAGCUCUGUAAUCUGCCCUCCGGCGAGCUCCUCAACUUCGGGGACGAGAAGAAGACCCAGAGGGCGGCGGCAGCGGCGGCGGCGCCGGUCUCCUUCUCCUCCGCCGUCCUCCUCCCCUCCGGCGACUCCGACGACGAGGACUUGGAGGCGUCGAUCCGGGAGGCGGAGAGCCGGCCGGCGGCGCCGCAGCCGCUGCCGGAGGCGGAGCGCCGCCCGAAGAAGCGCGGGCGCAAACCGGCCAACGGCAGGGAGGAGCCCCUCAAUCAUGUCGAAGCCGAGCGUCAACGGAGAGAGAAGCUCAACCAGCGCUUCUACUCCCUCCGAGCGGUGGUCCCCAACGUGUCCAAGAUGGACAAGGCCUCCCUGCUCGGAGACGCCGUCGCCUACAUCAACGAGCUCCGAUCGAAGUUGCAGGCGCUCGAAUCCGACGCCAUCUCCAUGAACGCCCAGCUGGAAGCCCUGAGGAACAGGGACUCCCCUGCCCGGAGCUCCGCCUCCGUCUCCUUCUCCAGCACCGGCGGCGGCGCAGCGGCGGCGGCGCCGGGUUGCAGCGGCGUGGAAGUGGACGUGAAGAUCAUGGGGAAGGAGACGAUGAUCCGGGUCCAGUCCGGGAGGGCCAACCAUCCCGCCGCCAGGCUCCUGGUGGCGCUCAUGGAGAUGGAUCUCGAGGUGGUCUACGCCAGUGUCUCCGUGGUCAACGACCUCAUGAUCCAGCAGGCCACCAUCACCAUGCCCAUGCGGGUCUACUCCAACGAGCAGCUCAGCGCCGCCCUCCAAGCCCGCAUCUCCGGCACCCGCCGCCCUCGUUAG